CCGCCAUGGUGGCCGGCAUGCUGAUGCCCCUCGACCGGCUUCGCGCCAUCUACGAGCUUCUGUUCCGGGAGGGCGUCAUGGUGGCCAAGAAGGACCCGCGACCCCAGAGCCUGCAUCCGCAGGUGCCCGGGGCCACCAACCUGCAGGUCAUCCGGGUCAUGGGCUCCCUCAAGUCGCGGGGCCUGGUGAGGGAGACCUUCGCCUGGCGCCACUUCUACUGGUACCUGACCAACGAAGGCAUCGCCCACCUGCGCCAGUACCUGCACCUGCCGCCCGAGAUCGUGCCCGUGUCCCUGCAGCGCGCCCGCCGCCCCGCGCCCGUGACGGCGCCCCCCCGGCGGGGGCCCCGGGUGCAGGCCGUGCAGGGUCCCCUGAGCUGCCCCCCGAAAGGACCCCCGCCGGACGUGGCGGGGGGCGCCCAGGAGGAGCGGCGGGCCUACCGCCGAAAGGAGGAGGAGGUGCCCGAGCCGCGGGUGGCGCCCGCCUCCGCGGGCGCGCUGGCGCGGCCGGCCCCGGAGCCCACCCCCGCCCCAGACGAGCGGGACCGGGUGCAGAAGAAGACCUUCACCAAGUGGGUCAACAAACACCUCAUCAAGGCGCAACGUCACAUCAGCGACCUGUAUGAAGAUCUUCGUGAUGGCCACAACCUCAUCUCCCUGUUGGAAGUGCUCUCGGGAGACACCCUGCCUCGGGAGAAAGGGAGGAUGCGUUUCCACAAGCUGCAGAAUGUCCAGAUCGCUCUGGACUACCUCAAGCGCCGCCAGGUGAAGCUGGUGAACAUCAGGAACGAUGACAUCGCGGACGGCAACCCCAAACUCACCCUGGGCCUCAUCUGGACCAUCAUCCUGCACUUCCAGAUCUCCGACAUCCAGGUGAGCGGGCAGUCGGAGGACAUGACGGCCAAGGAGAAGCUGCUGCUGUGGUCCCAGCGCAUGGUGGAAGGCUACCAGGGCCUGCGCUGCGACAAUUUCACAGCCAGCUGGCGGGACGGGCGCCUCUUCAACGCCAUCAUCCACCGGCACAAGCCCAUGCUCAUCGACAUGAACAAGGUCUAUCACCAGAGCAACCUGGAGAAUCUGGACCAGGCGUUCGGCGUGGCUGAGCGAGACCUGGGGGUGACCCGCCUGUUGGACCCAGAAGACGUGGACGUCCCUCAGCCGGAUGAGAAAUCCAUCAUCACCUACGUGUCCUCCCUGUACGAUGCCAUGCCCCGGGUGCCCGACGCCCAGGACGGAGUGAGGGCCAAUGAGCUGCAGCUGCGCUGGCAAGAGUACCGGGAGCUGGUGAUGCUGCUGCUGCAGUGGGUCCGGCACCACAUCGUCUCCUUCGAGGAACGCAAGUUUCCGACCAGCUUCGAGGAGAUCGAGAUCCUGUGGUGCCAGUUCCUGAAGUUCAAGGAGACGGAGCUUCCGGCCAAGGAGGCUGACAAGAACAGGUCGAAGGGCAUCUUCCAGUCCCUGGAGGGGGCCGUGCAGGCCGGGCAGUUGAAGGUGCCCCCGGGAUACCACCCGCUGGACGUGGAGAAAGAAUGGGGGAAGUUGCACGUGGCCAUCCUGGAGCGGGAGAAGCAGCUGCGCAGCGAGUUCGAGAGGCUGGAGUGUCUCCAUCGCAUUGUCAGCAAACUCCAGAUGGAGUCCGGCCUGUGUGAGGAGCAGCUGAACCAGGCGGAUACCCUGCUGCAGUCGGAUAUCCGGCUGCUGAACGCGGGCAAGGCGCCCCAGCGGGCGGGAGAAGUGGAGAGGGAUUUGGACAAGGCCGAUGGCAUGAUCCGACUGCUCUUCAACGACGUGCAGGCCCUCAAGGAUGGACGGCACCCUCAGGGCGAGCAGAUGUACCGCAGGGUGUACCGCCUGCACGAACGCCUGGUGGCCAUCCGGACCGAGUACAACCUGCGGCUCAAGUCCGGAGCCACGAUGACCAGCCAGGUGAGCCAGACGACGCUGCAGAGCGCCCAGCGGCGACCGGAGUUGGAAGACGUCACGCUCCGCUACCUGCAGGAUCUGCUGGGCUGGGUCGAGGAGAACCAGCGGCGGCUGGACGCCGCCGAGUGGGGCGUGGACCUGCCCAGUGUGGAGGGCCAGCUGGGCAGCCACCGCGGGCUGCACCAGUCCAUCGAGGAGUUCCGGGCCAAGAUCGAGCGGGCCCGAGCCGAUGAGAGCCAACUCUCCCCGGCCACCAGGGGAGCCUACAGAGACUGUCUUGGCAAGCUGGAUCUGCAGUACGCCAAGCUGCUGAACUCAUCCAAAGCUCGCCUGCGCGGCCUGGAGAACUUGCACAGCUUCGUGGCGGCUGCCACCAAGGAGCUGAUGUGGCUGAACGAGAAGGAGGAGGAGGAGGUGGCCUACGACUGGAGCGAACGUAACAGCAACGUGGCCGCCAAGAAGGAGAGCUACUCGGGACUGAUGCGGGAGCUGGAGUUGAAGGAGAAGAAAAUAAAGGAGAUUCAGAGCAUGGGAGAUCGACUGUUGCGGGAAGAGCACCCGGGGAAGCCCACCGUGGAGGCGUUCCAGGCUGCCCUGCAGACCCAGUGGAGUUGGAUGCUGCAGCUGUGUUGCUGCAUCGAGGCGCAUCUGAAGGAGAACACCGCCUACUUCCAGUUUUUCUCGGACGUGCGGGAGGCUGAGGAGCAGUUGCAGAAGCUGCAGGAGACGAUCAGGAGGAAGUACGCGGUGGAUCGCUCCAUCACGGUCACCCGGCUGGAAGACCUGCUACAGGAUGCCCAGGACGAGAAGGAGCAGCUGGCCGAGUACAAGGGGCACCUCUCGGGGUUGGCCAAGCGAGCCAAAGCCAUCGUCCAGCUGAAGCCACGUAGCCCGGCCCAUGCCCUCCGUGGCCGGCUGCCUCUGCAGGCCGUGUGCGACUACAAGCAGGUGGAGAUGACCGUGCACAAGGGGGACGGAUGCCAGCUGGUGAGCCAUGCCCAGCCGUCCCGCUGGAAGGUGGUGAGCGGCGGCGGAAGUGAAGCCGUGCUGCCUUCCGUCUGCUUCCUCAUCCCCCCGCCCAACAAGGAGGCCCUGGAUGCCGUCCACAGGCUGGAGGGGCAGCACCAGACCCUGGUGACCCUGUGGCACCAGCUGCACGUAGACAUGAAGAGUCUCCUGUCCUGGCAGUGCCUGACCAGAGACAUCCAGCUGAUCCAAUCCUGGUCCCUCGUUACGUUCCGCACCCUGAAGCCGGAGGAGCAGCGCCAGGCUCUGCGCGGCCUGGACACCCACUACCAGACCUUCCUGCGGGAGAGCCAGGAUGCCAGCAACUUCCUCCCCGAGGACCGGCUGCAGCUGGAGAGGGAUUACAACGCCUGCUCCCGCCACUACCAGCAGCUGCAGCUCAGCCUGGAGCAGGGUGAGCAGGACGAGUCUCUGUGCCAGCGGUACAUCUCGGAGCUGAAGGACAUCCGCCUGCAGCUGGAGGCCUGCGAGGCCCGGACCGUCCACCGCAUCCGCACGCCGCUGGAGAAGGACCCGGCCCGCGAAUGUGCCCAGCGCAUCACCGAGCAGCAGAAGGCCCAGGCGGAGCUGGAGGGGCUGGGACAGGGGGUGGCCCGGCUGGGGGUGCAGGCAGAGAAAGUACUGGCCCAGCCGGAGCCCUCCCCCGGAGCCCCUGCCCUGCGCUCGGAGCUGGAGCUCACCCUCGUCAAGUUGGAGCAGGUGCGCAGUCUGUCGGCCAUCUACCUGGAGAAGCUCAAGACCAUCAGCCUGGUGAUCCGCAGCACGCAGGGGGCUGAGGAGCUGCUCAAGGGCUACGAGGAGCAGCUCAAAGAUGUGCAGGUCGUGCCCGCCAACCUCCCGGACCUCGAAGCCACCAAGGCGGAGCUCAAGAAGCUGCGGGGGCAGGUGGAGGGGCAGCAGCCGCUGUUCCAGGGGCUGGAGGACGAGGUCGGGGCGGCGCGCGAGGUCGGCGAGCGCCUGCAGCAGAGCCACGGCGAGCGGGACGCGGAGCUGGAGCGCUGGCGGGAGCGGGUGGCCCAGCUGCUGGAGCGCUGGCAGGGGGUCCUCGCCCAGAUCGACCUGCGCCAGCGCGAGCUGGACCAGCUGGGCCGCCAGCUGCGCUAUUACCGCGAGAGCGCGGACCCGCUGAGCUCCUGGAUCCAGGACGCCAAGCGGCGGCAGGAGAAGAUCCAGGCCGUGCCCCUCUCCGACAGCCGGGCCGUCCGCGAGCAGCUGCAGCAGGAGAAGAAACUCCUGGAGGAGAUCGAGCAGAACCGCGAGAAGGUGGAUGAGUGUCAGAAGUAUGCCAAGCAGUACAUCAACGCCAUCAAGGACUAUGAACUGCAGCUGGUGACCUACAAGGCCCAGGUGGAGCCUGUGGCUUCUCCGGCCAAGAAGCCCAAGGUCCAGUCCGCGUCUGACGGCAUCAUUCAGGAGUACGUGGAGCUGCGCACCCAGUACAGCGAGCUGACCACACUGACCAGUCAGUACAUCAAGUUCAUCACCGAGACGCUGCGGCGCCUGGAGGAGGAGGAGAGAGCGGCGGAGAAGCUGAAGGCGGAGGAGCGGCAGCGGCUGGCGGAGGUGGAGGCCCAGCUGGAGAAGCAGAGGCAGCUGGCCGAGGCCCACGCCCAGGCCAAGGCCCUGGCGGAGCACGAGGCCCAGGAGCUCCAGCGGCGCAUGCAGGAGGAGGUGGCGCGGCGGCAGGUGGUGGCCGUGGACGCCGAGCACCAGAAGCUGAACAUCCAGCAGGAGCUGCAGCAGCUGCGGCAGAACUCGGCCACGGAGAUCCAGGCCAAGGCCCGGCAGGUGGAGGAGGCGGAGCGGAGCCGGCUGCGCAUCGAGGAGGAGAUCCGGGUGAUCCGGCUGCAGCUGGACACGACGGAGCGGCAGCGGGCCGGGGCCGAGACGGAGCUGCAGGCCCUGCGGGGCCAGGCGGAGGAGGCGGAGCGCCAGAAGAGGCAGGCGCAGGAGGAGGCGGAGCGGCUGCGGCGCCAGGUGCAGGAGGAGAGCCAGAAGAAGCGGCAGGCGGAGGAGGAGCUGCGGCGCAAGGUGCAGGCGGAGCAGGAGGCGGCGCGCGAGAAGCAGCGGGCCGUGCGGGCCCUGGAGGAGGUGCGCCUGCAGGCGGAGGAGGCGGAGCGGCGCCUGCGGCAGGCGGAGGCGGAGAAGGAGCGGCAGGUGCAGGUGGCCCAGGAGACGGCGCAGCGCAGCGCCGAGCUGGAGCUGCAGAGCAAGCGGAUGUCCUUCGCCGAGAAGACGGCCCAGCUGGAGCUGAGCCUGCAGCAGGAGCACCUGACGGUGACCCACCUGCAGGAGGAGGCGGAGCUGCUGAAGCAGCAGCAGGCGGAGGCGGCGCGCUUCCGCGAGGAGGCCGAGCGGGAGCUGGAGAAGUGGCGCCUCAAGGCCAACGAGGCCCUGCGGAUGCGGCUGCAGGCGGAGGAGGUGGCCCACCAGAAGACCCUGGCCCAGGAGGAGGCGGAGAAGCAGAAGGAGGACGCGGAGCGGGAGGCCCGCCAGCGGGGCAAGGCGGAGGAGGCGGCCCUGCGGCAGAAGGAGCAGGCCGAGCAGGAGCUGGAGAAGCAGCGCCGGCUGGCCGAGGGCACGGCCCAGCAGCGGCUGUCGGCCGAGCAGGAGCUGAUCCGGCUCAAGGCGGAGACCGAGACCGGGGAGCAGCAGCGGCUGCUCCUGGAGGAGGAGCUGGGCCGGCUGAAGCAGGCGGUGGGCGAGGCGGUCCGGCGCCGGCGGGAGGCGGAGGAGGAGCUGGCCCGGGUGCGGGCCGAGAUGGAGGUCCUGCUGCGGAGCAAGGCCAAGACGGAGGAGGAGUCGCGCUCCACCAGCGAGAAGUCCCGGCAGCGGCUGGAGGAGGAGGCGGACCGGUUCCGGGAGCUGGCGGAGGAGGCGGCCCGCCUGCGGGCCCUGUCGGAGGAGGCCAAGCGGCAGCGGCAGCUGGCCGAGGAGGAGGGGGCCCGGCAGCGGGCCGAGGCGGAGCGCAUCCUCAAGGAGAAGCUGGCGGCCGUGAACGAGGCCACGCGGCUCAAGGCGGAGGCGGAGAUCGCCCUGAAGGAGAAGGAGGCGGAGAACGAGCGGCUGCGGCGGCUGGCCGAGGACGAGGCCUACCAGCGGCGCCUGCUGGAGGAGCAGGCGGCCCAGCACAAGGCCGCCAUCGAGGAGAAGAUCGCGCAGCUCCGCCAGGCCUCGGAGAGCGAGCUGGAGCGGCAGAAGGGCCUGGUGGAGGACACCCUGAAGCAGCGGCGGGCCGUGGAGGAGGAGAUCCGCGGCCUCAAGGCCGACUUCGAGAAGGCCUCGGCCGGCAAGACGGACCUGGAGCUGGAGCUGGGGCGCAUCAAGAGCAGCGCCGAGGAGAGCCAGCGCAGCCGCGAGCGGGCGGAGCGCGAGGCGGAGAAGCAGCGGCAGCUGGCCCUGGAGGAGGAGCGGCGGCGCCGCGAGGCCGAGGACCGGGUCCGCGAGAGCCUGGCGGCCGAGGAGGAGGCCGGGCGGCAGCGCCAGGCCGCCCUGGAGGAGCUGGAGCGCCUGCGGGCCAAGGUGGAGGAGGCCCGGCGCCAGAAGGAGCUGGCCGAGGAGGAGUCGGCCCGGCAGAUCCAGCUGGCCCGCGAGGCGGCCCAGAAGCGGCUCCGGGCCGAGGAGAAGGCCCGCGAGGCGGCCGUGCAGCAGAAGGAGCAGGAGCUGCUGCAGACCCGGCAGCAGGAGCAGAGCGCCCUGGGCCGGCUGCGGGACGAGGCGGAGACGGCCCGGCGGGCGGCCGAAGAGGCGGAGGCGGCCCGGGAGCGGGCGGAGCGGGAGGCGGCCCUGUCGCGGCAGCAGGUGGAGGCGGCCGAGCGGCUGAAACAGCAGGCCGAGGCCCAGGCCCAGAGCCGGGCCGAGGCCCGGGAGGCCGCCGAGCGGCUGCGCAAGGAGGCGGAGGAGGAGGCGGCCCGGCGGGCCCAGGCGGAGCAGGCGGCCCUGCGGCAGAAGCAGGCGGCCGACGCGGAGAUGGAGCGGCACAAGAAGUUCGCCGAGCAGACCCUGCGGCAGAAGGCGCAGGUGGAGCAGGAGCUGACCAAGGUGAGGCUCCGCCUGGAGGAGACGGACCACCAGAAGGGCAUCCUGGACGAGGAGCUGCAGCGCCUCAAGGAGGAGGUCACGGACGCCGCCCGGCAGAAGGCCCAGGUGGAGGAGGAGCUCUUCAAGGUCAAGAUCCAGAUGGAGGAGCUGGGCAAGCUCAAGGCGCGCAUCGAGGAGGAGAACAAGGCCCUGAUCCUCAAGGACAAGGACAACACGCAGAAGUUCCUGCUGGAGGAGGCGGAGAAGAUGAAGCAGGUGGCCGAGGAGGCCGCCCGCCUGAGCGUGGAGGCCCAGGAGGCCGCCCGCCUGCGCCAGCUGGCCGAGGACGACCUGGCCCAGCAGCGGGCCCUGGCCGAGAAGAUGCUGAAGGAGAAGAUGCAGGCCGUGCAGGAGGCCACGCGCCUCCAGGCCGAGGCCGAGCUGCUCCACCGGCAGAAGGAGCUGGCCCAGGAGCAGGCCGAGCGGCUCCGCGAGGACAAGGAGCAGAUGCAGCAGCGGCUGGCCGAGGAGACGGAGGGCUUCCAGAAGACCCUGGAGGCCGAGCGGCGCCGCCAGCUGGAGAUGAGCGCCGAGGCCGAGCGGCUCAAGCUGCGCGUCACCGAGAUGAGCCUGGCGCAGGCCCGGGCCGAGGAGGACGCCAAGAAGUUCAAGAAGCAGGCCGAGGAGAUCGGGGCCAAGCUGCACCGCACCGAGCUGGCGACCAGGGAGAAGAUGACCCUGGUCCAGACCCUGGAGAUCCAGCGCCAGCAGAGCGACCGGGACGCCGACCAGCUCAAGGAGGCCAUCGCCGAGCUGGAGCGGGAGAAGGAGAAGCUCAAGCGGGAGGCCGAGCUGCUCCAGCGCAAGUCGGAAGAGAUGCAGACGGUCCAGAAGGAGCAGCUGCUCCACGAGACCCAGGUGCUCCAGCAGACCUUCCUGACGGAGAAGGACAGCCUGCUGAAGAAGGAGCGGUUCAUCGAGGAGGAGAAGGCCAAGCUGGAGAAGCUGUUCGAGGACGAGGUCCGCAAGGCCCAGCAGCUGAAGGGCGAGCAGGAGCGGCAGCAGCAGCAGAUGGAGCAGGAGAAGCAGCAGCUGCUGGCCAGCAUGGACGAGGCCCGGCAGCGGCAGAAGGAGGCCGAGGACAGCGUCCGGCGCCAGCAGGAGGAGCUGAGGCAGCUGGAGCAGCGGCGCCAGGAGCAGGAGCGGCUCCUGGCCGACGAGAACCGGAAGCUGCGGGAGAAGCUGGAGCGGCUGGAGGAGGAGCACCGGGUGGCCCUGGCCCAGACCCGGGAGAUCAUGAUCCAGACGGAGGAGCGGGCGGCCCCGGCCCGGGCAAUGCCCAACGGGCGCCCCGCGGUGGACGGGGGCCCGGCCCAGAACGGGGAGGCGGAGCUGGCCUUCGACGGCCUCCGCCGGAAGGUCCCGGCCAAGGAGCUGGCCGAGGCCGGCGUCCUGAGCGGCGAGCAGCUGGCCCAGCUGGCCGCCGGCACCCUGACGGUGGCGGAGCUGGCCCAGCGGGAGGACGUGAGCGCCUACCUCCGGGGCCGGAGCUGCGUCGCCGGCCUGCUCCUGGAGCCCACCGGCGAGAAGCUGAGCAUCUACGGGGCCAUGAAGCGGCAGCUGCUCAGCCCCGGCACGGCCCUCAUCCUGCUGGAGGCCCAGGCCGCCUCCGGCUUCGUCGUCGACCCCGUCGGGAACAGGAGGCUGUCGGUCAGCGAGGCCGUGAAGGAGGGCGUCGUCGGCCCCGAGCUGCACAACAAGCUGCUGUCGGCCGAGCGGGCGGUCACCGGCUACCGGGACCCCUACACCGGGGACAGGAUCUCCCUGUUCCAGGCCAUGACCAAGGAACUGAUCGUCCGCGACCACGCGGUCCGCCUGCUGGAGGCCCAGAUCGCCACGGGCGGCGUCAUCGACCCCGUGCGCAGCCACCGCCUGCCCGUGGAGGCGGCCUACCGGCGCGGCUACCUGGACGAGGAGCUGGCGGCCGCCCUGGCCGACCCCGCGGAUGACACCAAGGGCUUCUUCGACCCCAACACCCACGAGAACCUCACCUACCUGCAGCUGCUGGAGCGCUGCGUCUCCGACCCGGAGACGGGGCUCCGCCUCCUGCCGCUCCGGGCCGGGGCGGCCGGGGGCGGGGAGCUGGCCUACACGGACCAGGAGGCCCGGGACGUCUUCCGCAAGGCCACCGUGUCCGCCCCCUUCGGCCGCUUCCGGGGCAAGACGGUCACCAUCUGGGAGAUCAUCAACUCCGAGUACUUCACGGAGGCCCAGAGGCGGGACCUGCUCCGGCAGUACCGGACGGGCAAGAUCACCGUGGAGAAGAUCAUCAAGAUCGUCAUCACCGUGGUGGAGGAGCAGGAGAAGAAGGGCCAGCUGUGCUUCGAAGGCCUGCGGGCCCCGGUCCCGGCCGCCGAGCUGCUGGAGAGCAAGGUCAUCGACCAGGCCCUCUACCGCCAGCUCUGCCAGGGCGAGCGGACGGUGCAGGAGGCGGCCGAGCUGGAGGCGGUCAGGCGGGCCCUGCGCGGGGCCGACGCCGUGGCGGGCGUGCGGCGGGAGGGGACGGGCCAGACCCUGACCUUCUACCAGGCCCUGAAGGAGAACCUGCUGAAGCCCGAGACGGCCCUGGCCCUGCUGGAGGCCCAGGCGGGCACCGGCCACCUGAUCGACCCCCUGAAGAACGCCAGGCUGACGGUGGACGAGGCCGUGCGGGCCGGCCUGGUGGGGCCCGAGCUGCACGAGAGGCUGCUGUCGGCCGAGAAGGCCGUGACCGGCUACCGGGACCCCUACAGCGGGCAGACGGUCUCCCUCUUCCGGGCCCUGCAGAAGGGGCUGAUCCCCAGCGACCAGGGCCGGCGGCUCCUGGCCGCCCAGCUGGCCACCGGCGGCAUCGUCGACCCCACCCGCAGCCACCGGGUCCCCGCCGAGGUCGCCUGCGCGCGGGGCCACCUGGACGAGGAGACCGGCCGGGCCCUGGUGGCGCCCGACGGGGACGCCCGGGCGUUCCCGGACCCCGAAACCCAGGAGCCCCUGACCUACGGCCAGCUGCGGGAGAGGUGCCGGGUCGAUCGGAAGACGGGCCUCUUCCUGCUGCCCCUGUCGGAGGCGGCCAUCCGCGCCCAUCAGGAGGAGCUCUACACUGACCUCCAGGCCCGGGAGUCGCUGGAGAAGGCCACCGUCCAGGUCCCGGCCGGGAGCCUGAAGGGCCGGACGGUCACGGUCUGGGAGCUGAUCAACUCCGAGUACUUCUCCGAGGAGCAGCGGCGGGAGCUGGUCCGGCAGUACAAGACGGGCAAGGUCACCGUCGAGAAGAUCAUCAAGAUCAUGAUCACCAUCGUGGAGGAGACCGAGAUCCAGAGGCAGCAGAAGCUGACCUUCAGCGGGCUGCGGGCCCCGGUGGCGGCCAGCGACCUCCUCGAGGCCCGGGUCAUCAGCCGGGCCCAGUUCGAGCGGCUCGAGGAGGGGGCCGCGACCGUCGAGGAGAUCGCCGAGACGGACUCGGUCAAGCGGCUCCUCCGGGGCGGCGGCGCCGUCGCCGGCGUCCUCCUGGAGGGCAGCGGGGAGAGGCUGACCUUCUACGAGGCCAUGCGGCGGGAGCUCCUGCGGCCCGGCACGGCCGAGGGCCUGCUGGAGGCCCAGGCGGCCACGGGCUUCAUCCUGGACCCCGUGAAGAACCAGAGGCUGUACGUGCACGAGGCGGUCAAGGCCGGCGUGGUGGGGCCGGAGCUGCACGAGAAGCUGCUGUCGGCCGAGAAGGCCGUGACGGGCUACCGGGACCCCUACUCGGGCAACACCGUCUCCCUCUUCGAAGCCAUGCGCAAGGGCCUGGUCCUCCGGGAGCAGGGGCUGCGGCUCCUCGAGGCCCAGGUGGCCACCGGCGGCGUCGUGGACCCCGCGCGCAGCCACCGCCUGCCCCCGGAGGUGGCCUGCCGGCGCGGCUGCCUGGACGAGGAGCUGGCGGCCGCCCUGGCCGACCCCGCGGACGAGGCCCGGGGCUUCUUCGACCCCAACACCCGGGAGAGGCUCGCCUACCGGCGGCUGCUGGAGCGCUGCGUCUCCGACCCGGAGACCGGGCUCCGCCUCCUGCCGCUCCGGGGGCCGGAGCAGGGGCCCGAGGGGGCGGAGGGGACGGCCCCCGUCUUCACGGAAGAGGAGACCCGCAAGGCGUUCGAGGAGACGCGGAUCGACCUCCCCGGGGGCGGCGGCUCCUCCUCCUCCAUGUCCCUGUGGGAGGUGAUGCAGUCGGACCUGAUCCCCGCCGAGCAGAGGGAGCGCCUCCUCGAAGACUACCGGGCGGGGAAGGUGACCAAGGAGCGCAUGAUCAUCAUCAUCAUCGAGAUCAUCGAGAAGACCGAGAUCAUCCGGCAGCAGAACCUCCACUCCUACGACUACGUCCGCCGGCGCCUCACCGCCGAGGACCUGUACGAGGCCCGCGUCGUCUCCCCGGAGGCCCUCGGCCUGCUGCGGGACGGGACCAAGACCCUGCAGGAGAUCCUGGAGGCGGAGGGCGCCUGGCGCUACCUCUACGGGACCGGCUGCGUGGCCGGCGUCUACCUGCCCGGCUCCAAGCAGAAGCUGAGCGUCUACCAGGCCCUGAAGAAGGGGCUGGUCAACCCCGAGGUGGCCCGCACCCUGCUGGAGGCCCAGGCGGCCACCGGCUUCCUCAUCGACCCGGCCCGGGGCCAGCGGCUGACGGUGGACGAGGCGGUGCGGAAGGGCCUGGUGGGGCCCGAGAUGCACGACCGGCUGCUGUCGGCCGAGCGGGCCGUGACGGGCUACCGGGACCCGUACAGCGAGCAGACGGUCUCCCUCUUCCAGGCCAUGAAGAAGGAGCUGGUCCCGGAGGAGGAGGCGCUGCGGCUCCUGGACGCCCAGCUGGCCACCGGCGGCGUCGUCGACCCGCACCUGGGCUUCCACCUCCCGCUGGAGACGGCCCUCCAGCGGGGCUACCUGAACCGGGAGACGUCGGACCAGCUGGCGGAGCCCAGCGAGGUCCGCAGCUACACGGACCCCUCCACGGACGAGAAGCUCAGCUACACCCAGCUGCUGAGGCGCUGCCGGCCGGACGAGAGCGGCGGCCGGGCCCCGCCGCUGCUCCUGCUGCCCCUCUCGGACGGCCGCGGGCUGACCUUCCGGGGCCUGCGGAAGCAGAUCACGGUGGAGGAGCUGGUCCGCUCGCAGGUCAUGGACGAGGCCACGGCCCUGCGGCUGCAGGGGGGGCUGACCUCCGUGGAGGAGGUGACCAAGAGCCUGCAGAAGUUCCUGGAGGGCACCAGCUGCAUCGCCGGCGUCCUGGUGGACGCCACCAAGGAGCGGCUCUCGGUCUACCAGGCCAUGAAGAAGGGCAUCAUCCGGCCGGGGACGGCCUUCGAGCUGCUGGAGGCCCAGGCGGCCACGGGCUACGUCAUCGACCCCAUCAAGGGCCUCAAGCUGACCGUGGAGGAGGCGGUGCGCAUGGGCAUCGUGGGCCCCGAGUUCAAGGACAAGCUGCUGUCGGCCGAGCGGGCCGUGACCGGCUACCGGGACCCCUACUCGGGGAAGCUCAUCUCCCUCUUCCAGGCCAUGAAGAAGGGCCUGAUCCUCAAGGACCACGGCAUCCGCCUGCUGGAGGCCCAGAUCGCCACGGGCGGCAUCAUCGACCCCGAGGAGAGCCACCGGCUGCCCGUGGAGGUGGCCUACAAGCGCGGCCUGUUCGACGAGGAGAUGAACGGGAUCCUGACCGACCCCUCGGACGACACCAAGGGCUUCUUCGACCCCAACACCGAGGAGAACCUCACCUACCUGCAGCUGAUGGAGCACUGCGUCACCGACCCCGACACGGGCCUCUGCCUCCUGCCCCUCAAGGAGAAGAAGCGGGAGCGCAAGACCUCCUCCAAGUCCUCGGUCCGCAAGCGGCGGGUCGUCAUCGUGGACCCCGAGACGGGCAAGGAGAUGUCCGUGUACGAGGCCUACCGCAAGGGCCUCAUCGACCACCAGACCUACCUGGAGCUGUCGGAGCAGGAGUGCGAGUGGGAGGAGAUCACCAUCUCCUCCUCGGACGGCGUGGUCAAGUCCAUGAUCAUCGACCGGCGCUCGGGCCGGCAGUACGACAUCGACGACGCCAUCGCCAAGAGCCUGAUCGACCGGUCGGCCCUGGACCAGUACCGCGCCGGCACGCUCUCCAUCACCGAGUUCGCCGACAUGCUCUCGGGCACCGCCGGCGGCUUCCGGUCCCGCUCGUCCUCCGUGGGCUCCUCCUCUUCCGCCGCCUCCUACCCGGCCAGCCCCGCCGUCCCCCGGGCCCCGCUCUCCUCCUGGGUGGACCCCGCCGAGGAGACGGGCCCCGUGGCGGGCAUCCUGGACACGGACACCCUGGAGAAGGUCUCCGUCACCGAGGCCAUGCACCGCAACCUGGUGGACAACAUCACGGGCCAGCGGCUGCUGGAGGCCCAGGCCUGCACCGGGGGCAUCGUGGACCCCGUCACCGGGGAGCGCUGCCCGGUCGCCGACGCCGUCGGCAAGGGCCUCGUGGACAGGAUCAUGGUGGACCGGAUCAACCUGGCCCAGAAGGCCUUCUACGGCUUCGAGGACCCGCGGACCAAGACCAAGAUGUCGGCCGCCCAGGCCCUGAAGAAGGGCUGGCUCUACUACGAGGCCGGCCAGCGCUUCCUGGAGGUGCAGUACCUGACCGGGGGGCUGGUGGAGCCCGAGACCCCCGGCCGCGUGUCCCUGGACGACGCCCUGCAGCGGGGCACCGUGGACGCCCGCACGGCCCAGAAGCUGCGCGACGUCAACGCCUACGCCAAGUACCUGACCUGCCCCAAGACCAAGCUGAAGAUCUCCUACAAGGACGCCCUGGACCGCAGCAUGACGGAGGAGGGCACGGGGCUGCGGCUGCUGGAGGCCUCGUCCCAGUCCAGCAAGGGCUACUACAGUCCCUACAGCGUCAGCGGCGCGGGCUCCGCCGCCGGCUCCCGGGCCGGCUCCCGCACCGGCUCCCGGGCCGGCUCCCGGCGCGGCAGCUUCGACGCCACCGGCUCCGGCUUCUCCAUGACCUUCUCCUCUUCCUCCUACUCCUCCACGGGCUACGGCCGCCGCUACGCCGCUGCCGGGCCCCAGGGCGGGCUGGAGUCCGGCCGGGUCCUCGCGCCUUGAGCGGCCGGGGCGGGCGCCGCGGG